CUGUGACUAGGUGGCUUUUUGCUGUUUUCAUUUCCUGGAGCUUUAUUUCAAAUUUGAUUUUAACACUUUUGACGUAUUACCUAAGGAACAUUUUGAAUGUUUUACAUGUCACUGAGUAGCCUGCUGUCUUUACACUUUGGUAUUUCUACUUUUACAUCCGAGUCCUUCUUCCACCACCAAAAUUCAAUAAUUCGUUUUUUAUAUGGCCUAUGAAUAGAUUUUGUAAUAUCAUCUUUAAAAGUGGGUCUAUUGCAGUUAUUCGUGACAGAAUAACAUGAGCCAUUUAGUAAUUACGUUGAAUUAAUGCUAUUAAUUUUCACCUCAUGUGAUGGGUAAUAAUAGGCCAACACCCUGAAAGUGAGCGAGCCUUCCUGGCAGGGGCUCUGGCUGCUCUGCUAUUGGCUCAUCAGCAUCGGAAGUCCGCAUGUCGACGAACUACAGACAGAGACCAGAGAGCGACGCACAAUUACGCGCGCAGCCUCAGAGAUACCGUUCACACUGGAGCCUUAAUGAUAAGUAGGACGCACUGAAGGGGUUGUUUUACUAUGUAUCUAUUCCAAAUCCGAUUCAAGCUGUAGUCUCGUCGUUCACGUGUUGUAAAGCAUCGUUGCUGCACUAGUAACCGAAUGAGGAAAACGCUCCGUGUUGCGUUUCCUUCCUCAUCUGUCGACUCAGCAGCGGAGGAAAGAAGAUAAAGGGACAAACGAGCAUCAUGGUUGCCGGUGAGCUUGUGCAGGAGCAUCUGCGCGCAGAUAUCGGCGCACCUGACGACAUCACGGUCGGCAGGAAGGGUCCGCAGCUGGACGGAGCAGCCGAGCGAUACGGGAAACCGUCAUACGGAGUGGCGCCUGCGGGCGGGGUUGGGGAGACAGACUCCGACCUGGAGCAGGAGAAGGAGCUGCCGCCGGAUGAAAGAGAGGCGAUGCUGCCUAACGGAGGAGGAGGGGAGGCGGAUGAGGAGGGAGGGAAGGCGCUAGAGACGAGACUGUACUGGCGCCGCUUCGCCGUGCUGACCGUGUUCAGCCUGUACUCCCUGGUGAACGCCUUCCAGUGGAUCCAGUACAGCAUCAUCACCAACGUGUUCACCCAGUACUAUGAGGUGACCAGUGACAAGGUGGACUGGCUUUCCAUCGUCUACAUGGUCGUCUACGUGCCGCUGAUCUUCCCGGCUACUUGGCUGCUGGACCGGAAAGGUCUGCGGCUCACAGCCCUGCUGGGCUCCGGCCUCAACUGCAUCGGUGCGUGGCUCAAGUGCGCCAGCGUCGGCCGCGAGCUGUUCGGAGUCACCUUCACCGCGCAGGUCAUCUGCUCCGUGGCGCAGGUGUUCAUCCUCGGCCUGCCGUCCCGCAUCGCCUCGGUGUGGUUCGGACCCCGGGAGGUUUCCACCGCUUGCGCCACGGCCGUGCUCGGAAACCAGUUGGGAACAGCCAUAGGCUUCCUCUUGCCCCCAGUGUUGGUUCCCAACACACCCAACGAUGUUCAACUUACAGGGCGCAACAUCAGCAUCAUGUUCUACGGUACUGCAGCUGUGUCCACUGGCCUCUUCAUCCUCACGGUCAUAGUCAUUAAAGACCGCCCUCCCCGGCCUCCCAGCCAGGCCCAGGCCGUCCUGCCAGACUCCCCUCCUGAAGAUUACUCCUACAAACAGUCCAUCCUCAACCUGAUGAAGAAUAAAGCCUUUGUCCUCCUGCUCAUCAGUUACGGUAUAAUGACUGGUUCCUUCUACUCUGUCUCAACACUUCUCAACCAGAUGAUCUUGGCCUACUAUGAGAAUCAGGAGUUGAAUGCUGGGAGAAUUGGUUUGACGCUGGUGGUGGCUGGGAUGGUUGGCUCCAUCCUCUGUGGCGUGUGGCUGGACUACACCAAGAUGUACAAGAUGACGACUCUGAUCGUGUACAGCCUGUCUUUUCUGGGCAUGGCGGUCUUCACCCUCACUCUGGACCUCAGCAGCAUCUACUUGGUCUUUUUCACUGCUGGAGCUCUUGGGUUCUUCAUGACCGGUUACUUGCCUCUGGGCUUUGAGUUUGGAGUGGAGAUCACCUACCCAGAGUCUGAAGGAACAUCAUCAGGACUCCUCAAUGCUUUCGCUCAGAUAUUUGGGAUCAUUUUCACUCUGAUUCAGGGCAAACUGACCACAGUUUAUAAACCACUGGCUGGAAACCUCUUCCUCUGUGCUUGGAUCUUUCUUGGAACACUGCUCACUGCCUUAAUCAAGUCAGAACUGAAAAGACACAAUGUCAACCUGGGAGCAGACAGCAACCACCUGCAAGCUCUUCCUGUGGAGCAUCCUGUGGACUGCCCUUCAAAGGAGAAAACCAACGGGGUCGAGCUGAAGCCGUCAAUCUCCCGUGAAACCUCUGUAUGACUUUUCCAAGUCAGUGAAUUGCAGCACAACUGAGAAGGUCUCUGUGUUGCCCUGGGAUAUGUGUUGGCACUGCACUCCAUGUGACGUGCCUAAAGGUACACGAGUUUAUUGCCAAGCAUAAGUCAUUGAUAAUUAGGAAGGUGGAUUUGAGCCAAGUCACAUCAACUAUGGCCACAGUGGACUCAGGCCUGGAGGGUGACCGACAUGGUACAGAGGGCGCUGGUUAAAUAUCCACCCACUGCUCCUCUGCAGAAAGAUCCAGGUCACAUGUGCACCCAGACACUUACAGAGAAUUACCACCACUUUACAGAACUUCAUGUUUCCUCCUGGAAAGCUUGUUGUUGGCUGGUAAAGUAUGUAAAGCACUGACUUGUAGAUGAAGCUUCACUGCACUUCAUUUGUAUAGUGGCUGCAGCCUGGCAACCUUGGUUUAGUUACUGUAUGUAAAUCUGGUUUCAAAGAAAAAGGUGGUAAAGCAAGCUUUUAAUUCUUGAAUCACAAAGUUUACUGGAGGUGAAACAAAAUAUCCCAGAGCCGGGCCCUGAACCACAAAGCGAAAUUCGUGGUUGAUCCAGCUACCUUUUGGCUCACCCCAGGUUGUCCAGUACCACGAAGCUGUCUCACUUUUAACCAGGCUAGAUCCCCAUGGUAACUUGUGCUGCACGGCUGACCUGGAGCAGCUUAACUUCAGAUGACUGGAUCAGAACCUGUCAACACUCUGAGCACUAACCAAUCAGAUCACCUGACCUACUGGAUCCUGACAGAGUCACAGUCUACAUUAAUGUUUGAUUUGAUUUGAUUUAUUCUUUCAAGCAUAUAAAACAGUUGAUAUAUCAACACACAUUUUUAC